GGAGAAGGGGGGAGGAAGGGGGAGGGAGUGGGGAGCGCAUGUAUAUAUAGCCAGCGCUCGUGGUGUCGCCGUCCAGUAGUUGGCUAGUCGGCAGAGGAGCAGUAAACAACUUCUUAUUCGUCUGAUCCGCUGUAUCCUCCCUCUGUUAAGGAUGCGACAGCUGGUGGUCCUUGCUGUCCUGGUGGCCCUGGCCGCUGCGAGCCCCCGGGAGCGGCGCAGCGAGAUUCUCCAGGAGUAUGAAAAGUGUAGGGGCGGCGCCGGCGUGUGCGUGCCCUACUACCUGUGCCAGAACGAUACCGUGGUCACCGACGGGGCGGGAAUCAUCGACAUCAGGCUCGGGCCGGUCCAGGAGUGCCCCAACUUUAUCCACACCUGCUGUAAGAAUCCCGUCAUCACCGCCACUCCGAAGCCUCCUCAAAUCUACGAGCCCGUUUGCGGCAUUAGGAACACUCAGGGCAUCGAUGUCAGGAUCACGGGCUUCAAGUCCAACGAGACCCAGGUGGGCGAGUUCCCGUGGAUGGCCGCCGUGCUCAAGAAGGAGGUCGUGUCGGGCGAGGAGAUCAACCUCUACGUGUGCGGCGGCUCCCUCAUCCACCCGUCCAUCGUCAUGACCGCCGCCCACUGCGUUUACAAGCACGCCGGCAGCCCCUCCCCCUACCGCGUGCGCCUCGGGGAGUGGGACACGCAGAACGAGUACGAGCCCUACAAGCACCAGGAGCGUAACGUGGUACAGGUUAUCACCCACCCGAAGUUCAACCCCAGCAACCUCCACAACGACUACGCCCUCCUCAAGCUUGAAUACCCCGUUGAGCUGUCCCUUAACGUGAACCCAAUCUGCCUGGACAACAGCCCGUCCAUCAAAGACCCUAAACAUGACUGUGUGGUCACCGGCUGGGGCAAGGACAGGUUCGGCAAGGCGGGUGUCUUCCAGAAUGUGCUCAAGAAGAUUGAUCUCCCCUUCUACUAUUUCGACGCCUGCCAGAACGCGCUCCGCACCACCAGGCUGGGACCUUUCUUCAAGCUGGACCCGUCCUUCCUGUGUGCCGGCGGCCAGGAGGGCAAGGACUCCUGCAGCGGCGACGGAGGCUCCCCGCUCGUGUGCCUGGACUCGAGCAAGAGCCAGUACGUGCAGAUCGGCAUGGUGGCGUGGGGCAUCGGCUGCGGCACGGGCGGCAUCCCGGGGGUGUACGCCGACGUGCUCUACGGCUACGACUGGAUCCUGAAUGAGGCCCCCAAGCUGCUGUCGGACGUGGAUCGGCCCGUAACCGACUACUGGAAGUACGCUUAACGCCGCCCCUCCCCGCACACGCGCCUCAAGUGACGGAAUGUAAUUUAUAUGCUGCGACAAUGAAGUAAAUUUACAGUA